GUUCGCUAAAGGCACCGCAACUUCUAGUUACAAGUCUGCGAACGAGUAUGCCGAACGCGUUCGCCGCUCCGGAAGAUCUCGAGGGAAGUCCCCUGAGGAGCGAUGAUAGCCGGAGCCGAUUACUCGGUGAAGAACCCGUCGCCACCACCGCCGACCAUAUGCGUUCGUUAUUACGCGGCCAUCGCAUAGGCAUCGGAGUCGUAUCACGCCGUUCGUCGUAACGUAAACAACUCGUAUGGACCCACGACUGUUUCUUCCCAGCUGGUAUACACUUGUCCGUAAACGCGGGAUAUAUCUUCUACAUCUCCGUCACGAAGGAUAGAAUCAACAAAAGAAAUCUUAUCGAGAAAGAAGAAAAAGCCUGAUUAGUAGUUAAAUAGCACAUUACUGUAACAAGUCAUUCAACAACGUUGGAUAAUAAUAGUAAUUUGUGAUAACUGUUCUGUUUAUCGUGUCACAUCUAUUAGUGACAAUUCGCCAGUUCCGAUGACGAUCUCUCGCGUGGACGAUCAAUUGGAAUUGAAGAUAAAAGAACGCAAGAGUAAGAGCGCUUCCAUGAGACACUGCGAGCAUUCUUCCGCUGAAGACGAUGGUAUCAAGCGAUUCCACGGCGACGGACUCGUCGUCAGGAUGCACUCGAAUCAUCGCAUGCUGGAGAUCAUGGGCGACGGUUGUCGGAUCAUCCUGUCGAAAAAUUCCGGCAGCGUGCACAUCGUUGGUGAUGGUUGCUGGUUGAACGUGAAUCACAACGUGGGCGAUAUCGAAUACACCGGUGACGGUGGUCGUGUCCUCCUUGGACCGGACUCUUCUAAAGAGAAGGUGAAGUUCGUGGGCGACGGUGGGAAAAUAAUUCUCGAUUCGAACAUGAGAUCGGAAGGAUCCUCGGGAGAACAAAAUAGGGAAACCGAUCACGUAGAAAAAAUUACGUAUUCGCAUAAAAAAAUUGUCAGGAAGAUACCAGAAUGUGAGAAGUGCGAAGAUGCUGAUAAGACAUCGAAUCGGGAAGAUAUGGACAACAUCGUGAACGAUACGAAAGAGAAGAGUCAAGGGAAGUACGGGAAGCGCAACGAGGAAACACGGAAAUCUACGCGGCAUCCGACCGUUACGAAGAUCGUCACGAAGAUUCAAAGCGAUGGGCAAUGCGUGAGAAAACGCUUCGAUGAUUCUUCGUUGAUCAUUAAUUUCCACGGUGAUGAACGUUUCGUGACGAAAAACCUGUCAAGAACUUCGAGCACGAAUGUCAAGAUCAUAUGACGUAAUCGCAACUUUUAGGAGAUGUUAUUUAAGAUAUGUUUAUUUCUCGAGAAGAUUGAACAACCAAGCGCAAUCAAAAUUUGCACAUACAGUUGAUUGCAAGUUCCUCUUUUCAAAUUUACGAUCUGGCAGUAGUUAUAUUAAUUAAUUUUAUUAAAAGCUUAUUAAAAGAUUUAGGAAGCCUCUUGUAUAUAAAAUGCGAUCGCAAUUAGUUGCGCGAAAUUGAUUGACAAUAUAUACAAACUAAUGAUAAUUAGUUUAAUUUUAUUAUCAAUUUCGCGGAUAUUACGUUUCCUAAUUUAUUGUGAUAUUUUUUAUUUAUUAUUUAAUAGAUACAUUUAAUAUUAUAUAUCACUAGCUUGCUAUUGUCAUAUAGAAAUAUGUAUAUUUUUUCCGUUAAAUUUUUUCGUUAAAAAUAAAUUAUGAUAAAUUAUUUUUAAAAAACUAAUUACUUUAAAAAUUAUUUUUUGUGCGCUAUUGAAUGUAUAACAACGUUUCCCUUUUAGAAUUAUAAACACGAAAAUAUAUAUCAUUGAUAGGAGAAAAUUAUAAAUUAUAAACUUAAAGAUGGAACAAGAUUAUAUGCGUGCGGAGUUUUUAAAUAACAAUGUUUACAUUUAUGACAAUAUUUUAAUUGUAUGCUCUUAUCGUACAAGCAUUUUUGUUAUUACCGUACUAUUUUUCUCAUUUUUUUUUUUAUUAAACGUAGAAAUCUCUAAUUUUUAAGUAAUUAAAUUAUUAAAUUGUAUUAAAUUGUUAAAUUAUUAUUAAAUAUCACCGAAUUGUUGCAGUUUUA